AUGUGGCCGCUCAAAAAUCUGGUAAUAUAUGCUUUGUCUUAUGGACUGCGCAUACUAGACUGGAUCCAAAUCGCCCUGUCCCGCCGUUGUCGUGUUGUGGCGUCGAAUGAUGUGAAGAUCGAAUUGAUUCGCUUUCCUUCACGCGAUUCCGGCCGCUACAUUCGAGCAUAUCGCUAUACACCUGCGAACGCUACUGGAAAACUGCCUGUUUACUUGCACUGGCAUGCCUCUGGAUGGAUUCUCAAGCGCCUCGGCAUUGAUAUUCACCUCUGCAGCAGGAUUUCCAAGGAACUGAACUGCGUCGUGCUUGAGUGCGACUACCGGAAGGCUCCAGAAAACAAGUAUCCUGCGGCUCACAAUGACACGGAGGAUGCCGUCUUGUAUGUCCUGGCCAACGAGCAUGCCUACGACACGACCCGCAUUUCUGUGGGAGGGUCAAGCGCAGGUGGUAAUAUGGCUCUGUCUCUCAGUGCGCGUUUGGGCUCUGAGCGUAUCAAGAGCUGCUUUGCACUGUACCCUGCCGCUCACCUCACUCAUCCUGAACGUCUUGAUACGGUCAUGGGCUGCGUUAGCGACAAGUUCCGCAGUGGUGUGGUGAUCCCCCAUUGGUGUAUGAAACUUUUCAUAAACGCAUACACCACACCUGGGACUGACAUGAAUGAUCCUCGCCUGUCUCCUAUAUUUUAUGAUGCAUCCAAGUUCCCGAAGUAUGUCGCCGUGGCCUGUGGCGAUGCCGAUACGCUGUACCGCAUGAGCUUUGACUUGAUGAAAAAGAUCAGUGGUUCUGCAUCAGGUACCAACGUGGACGGAAGCCGAAAAUUCAUUUGCGUUCUCAACGAAGCUCAUGAGUUCAAUACGUUUGGCCGUACCCGUGCAUCCCAAGAGGAGCGCGACAGGGUGGAGGGAGAAGCUAUUAAUAUGAUCCGUGCAUCUUGGCGUCAGUAA